AUGAUUAAUAGUAAAAUUUUGAAUACCAUAGUUAAUGCUAUUGACAAUAAAGAAGACGUUAAAAAAAGAAUUGAAAAUGGGAGACAAUAUCUUCAAGAAUUGCAAAACUCUGUGCAAAAUUCACAAAAUCGUUUUGGAGGAAAAUCAGAACUAGCUACUGAAGAUGAUAUAAGAAUAUCACUUCUGUGUGAUAAGUGGGAAAGAGUGCUUAGUCAUGGAAUAAGAACUAAUUUAUCGAACUCUGCCAUUCAAAAUUUAGUCACAGCCGGAUUAAAUUUCACAUUUAAUAUUGUUAAUAUUGGAAAUUCGUUAUGGAGCUACACCUGUCUGCAUCUGACAAAACAUGAAAAAGAAAGAUUUAAAAUUCUAAAUAACAUUAACACCCCACUUGGAUACUUUAGAGCCUUUCUUCGAGCUUCCUUAAAUGAAAGAUCACUAAACAGAUAUCUUCAAAGCUGGAUAUCUCAUGGGUUAGUCAUGGAAUAUUACGAAGAUGGAGCAUUGGUUAGAGACCCGGAGUCAUCAAGUCUACUUCCUAAAAUUGCAGCUGGUCUAUCCACAGUUUUGUUCGCAUUAUCUAUAGACAGAGCCGAAUUAAACGACACACAGCAAGCCAAUCAAAUUAAAACAGAACUUGUUAUACCAUUGCCGACUCCCGUUAAAUCUAGCAAUUUAAAAAAGAAACCAUUACGACAAGUCAUAUCUUUCGAUAAAAAUGAACAGAAAAAUAGUUUAAAAGAAAUCCAAGAACCACUAGAGUCCACAGUGCCUGGGUUUGAUUCAAGUUGGAGUAGUGCUCCAGCCACUUGUUUAAAUUCACCAGAUCCCAAAAUGAUACCACAAAUAGCAUGUAGUAGUGAACCAACCAGUUCAGAAUAUAAAAGCAGUAUAAGACACUUUUUUCCAGACAGUGUUAAAGGUAUAGAUAGCCCAUCACAAAUACUUUCCAAGUUGUCAGAAUGUGCGAAAGAAAUAUUUACAUCUUCUAACAGUAUUGAUACAAAUAAUGCAAUUAAAGAUGAUCUGUCAGAGUUGAGUAUUAAUAAUUUGAAAAUAUCUGAAAGUGACAGUGAAGAGGUGGCAGGUAGCAUUAAUGGUAGCACGUCGUGUUUAGAGCUUUGUUUCACUGAGGACGAAAGUGUACCUGAUGAUAAAAUAUUGAAUGCUAUGUUGGAACGAAAGGAAAAGGAAUAUUUGAAUAUGCAAUUAAGGUGCAGCCAGAUAGAAAUAUCUAGUAAAGAUAAGAUUAACAAACUGGAGAAAGUCGUCUUGGACUUGAGCAAAGAAAAUGACAGGUUAAAAGAUCAACUGCGCCAUUAUAUGUCAGCUGUAGAACUUGGCAAAGCUUUAAAAACAGGUGAAAAUGAUAAUGAAGAAGUUUUUCAAUAUGAGAAAAAAUUGGUCCAAGUUGCGGAAAUGCACGCUGAACUCAUGGAAUUUAAUCAGUAUCUACAACGGAGAGUACAAGAACUCGAGAGCACGUCCUGUGAAAUUUUAGAUUACCCGGAAUCGAAUGUGAAGGUGCACAUUCCCAGUGCGUUUCUUGUUGGAAAAAAGACCCAUUCGUACCAUGUAUAUCAGAUAUUCCUAAAGAUUGGUCAAGACGAGUGGAAUGUGUAUCAUAGAUACGCAAAAUUUCACGAGCUUCACACUCAAUUGAAAAAAUGUCAUCCUGAUAUUGCAACCUAUAAAUUUCCGCCAAAGAAAACUCUACGAAAACGAGAUGCCCGGGUAGUGGAGCAGCGACGAGUGUCACUGCAGGCGUAUCUGCGGCACGUGGUACUGGUGUUGCCCGAGCUGCGGCACUGCACUACACGCGCUCAUCUCAUCACUUUACUGCCCUUUUUCGGUACUUCUUCUACUGCGAGAGAGAAUGGACUCAAUCACACGCUAAAUCGUCAGCAGUCUAUUGAUUCCAUUUACGAUGGAGUAUGAUAACCCGCGUCAGAAUUAUUCUGUUAUUAUUACAUAAUUAACAUAAGUGACUAUCAUCCCUGCUGCGAAAGGGAUAAUUCACUGGUAAAAGCAAAUAUAUUUGCAAAUAAAUCAAGAACACAUGAUUGGGAUGCUUACAGACUAAAAAAGAAUAGGAGAACUACUUACUUAUUCUUUAUCGGCGUCCCACCACACAUAAAUUGUUUACGUUACAUUAAAAAUAUAAUAUGUAGGUACUGUAAAUGUGUAUAAAAUGAGUAAAUAAGGACCAGUUACACUAAAAUACCAAUGCAAACGCAAAAUAAUGGCUCCCAGAAUUAUCUUAAGAGUUUUAUAUCAAUCGGUAGAGUACGAUUUCAUAUAAUAGUUUACGU